GUUUACCAUUACCAAGAUAAAUUACAUACGUUUUUCGAAAGAACAUUAUUUUACAACCUACCAAGUCACUCAAUGAAGCAUGGCUAUUUGCAGCUGCAAAAAUGUCCUUUAUAUGUGGACAAUUUUAUUCGUUUUGCUCCCAAAUGUCAAGCUACAACAGAAUCUUGCGCUUAAAAAUUUCCUAACAAUCCUAGCCAACACAAAGUCGCCAACAUCAAAUGCAGUGUCUCCAAAUGCGGCUUCUCAAAUUGCUCCGGUUUAUAAAACUGAUCCCAUGUCAUUCACAGUACAAGAUAAUGGAAUACCAACUAAACAAGUUGGUUCCUUUAUAAUAGCAUCACCAAAUACUGGAGGUAGUUCCCCUGAUAACCAGGUCGGAGGGUUUGUGCCUCCUGGAAAUACUGGAAUAAUAAAUAAACCAAUCGAUGGCAGUGAAUCAAAGUAUCCGCCCAGUGGUGGGUCGGGGACAACUUAUCCAAACAAUGGUGGGAGUGGAACGGGGACACCUUACCCAAAUACAGGCGGUAGUGGAACGGGAAUAACAUAUCCUAAUACUGGUGGUGGUCCAACAUAUCCACCUGGAAGUGGAACAACCUAUCCAGAUAAUCGGGGUGGAUCAACGUAUCCGCCCGGUGGUGGACAUACACAUACUGAAGGCGGUUCCCCAUAUCGACCAUACCCGAAUACUGGUUAUCCAUCACACCACCACGGGGGAAUGUUUUCAGGGCACCUGUACCAUGGUCCGAGUAGUUGGAUGCACAACCCUUUCAUGGCAUUUGUGGAUGGAAUGGCACGUAUCCAUGCUUUAAGGAGACUAGGUUGCCGUACCAUAUCAGAUAUGUAUCAGUUGGGUUUACCACCGCUCGCUUCUAUAUCGUGUACCCACAUGUGUCCACCUUCUCAUAGGUGUGUUCAUGCUUCACAGUCCUACCACCACACCAUUGGAUUCUGUUGUCCAUUUUUCGUGGAUGAGUAUGUUAUACAGUUUCAAACUAUGAUGGGUCGAUAUUCAGUGAUGAACGAACACUUCUUCUAAUAAUAACAGAUCCAUUGUGUUGUUAUUCUGUUACUGAAUAAAUUGUGCUUUAGGUUUGUUUAA